AAAUUAAUGAUUAGGAAUUUGGUACGCUUGUCCUUAUUAUUUUUGUUGCUGGUUUGGUUUCAAUAGGUUCAAUCAAACAAAGCUGAGUUUGAAUAUCCAGUUAAGUAAUAAGUGAUUAUUGAUCAGAUAGCUAGAGUUAGUUAUAUAAAGUUGCUUGAAAUGGCCGUACCGAUGACCACUGUGUCCACUCAACGGUUUUCUUCACAGUUACUUGCCAACCUGUUGAAGAGUAGGAAUGAAACAAACAUAAAAAGAAUAAUAAUGCUAACUCCGAACCGAACUCUUACGUAUAUCACUGAUGGUCGAAAAACUUCUUCUGAUUUUGGCUUAUUUUUUGAUAUUGAUGGAGUCAUAACAAGAGGCAAAAUGCUAUUGCCCCAUUCAAAGACAGCUUUCAAACUUCUCGUCGAUGAUUGUAAAAAGUUUAAAAUACCAACAAUAUUUGUGACGAAUGCUGGCAACAGCAUGAGGCAGUCCAAGGCUAACCAUCUUUCCCAACUUCUCGACAUUCAAAUCGAUGCAGAUCAGGUAAUCAUGUCUCACAGUCCUCUCAGAAUGUUCAGGCAAUUGCUGGACAAGCACAUGCUGGUAUCGGGGCAAGGACCAACCGAAGAAAUUGCAAAAUUUGUGGGGUUUUCCAAAGUUACAACUUUAGAGCAGUUUCGACACUGCUUUCCAAAGUUAGACACAAAUGAUUAUAAAAGAAGGAAAGCUGCACCAUGUGCCUUAGAAGAAUUUUUUCCAAAAAUUGAAGGUAUUGUUUUGUUUGGAGAGCCAGUCAGCUGGGAAACAAGUCUACAGAUAAUCAUUGAUGUGCUGAUAAGUGAUGGUCGACCAUCCAAGGCCCUCCCUUAUAUUCCGUACCCCCACCUCCCAAUUCUUGCUUGUAAUAUGGAUUUUGUGUGGAUGGCUGAAGCACCCAUGCCAAGAUUUGGACAUGGAUGUUUUAUGACUUGUUUGGAAACCCUUUACAAAAAGCUGACGAACAACACCCUCCAAUACACUGCCAAGCUUGGCAAACCAAGCGAGAUCACAUAUCAUUACGCUGAACACGUCCUUCAGACCAUUGCACUGAAAAUGAAGAAGCCGCCUGUCAAGACCAUGUAUUGCAUUGGAGACAACCCAGCCACCGACAUAUAUGGUGCAAAUUUGUUCAACCGUCGCAUCCAGAGACUGACUGACAAAAGAAGGAAGCAGCCCUUCAUUUACGAACUUGGCAAGGAUUCCUCAUCUUCCUCAUUUUCUUCUUCUGAACAGAAGAAAACGUCACUAGAUUGUUUAGAGAAUGAUCUGAACAUUUACGAUAUGUUAUCCAGAGAUGAGCCCUCCAUAUCAAAUGUCAUCCUGGACAAAUGUGAAUCCAUCCUGGUAUGUACUGGCGUUUUUGACAAGACAAGAGCCAAGAUCAGGACAGAGGAGCACGUGAUGGAUGAGAGCAUGUGCCAUCCGACGUUCGCAACCGUUCACAAUGUUCAAGAAGCUGUCCAAGCUGUCCUGGAAAGGGAACGGAUGCUUUAGCUGCCUACUCCUGUCUUCAUCCUUCAGCUGGUCUGAACUGCUGCCUGCUUGCUCAUUCAGUCAAACAACAUCAUAAUCUUUAUUUCUAUUUUUAUUAUUUGUUAUUAUUAUUAUUUAAUUAUUAAAAUUAUUAUUUAAUUAUUAUUAUCAAUAUUAUUUAAUUCUUGGUCGGUUAUGAGACUUGCCUCACUUGACUUGAAAUUUGUUUUUAAAUGUUCUAGGGUAUUUAUAUUUUACACACAACCAUGAACCUGCAAGUGAAUCAUUUAUUUUAUAUUUAUUUUAGACGCAAAUUUUCUCUCCUGCUAAUGUACAGUUUCGUUGGCAUUUAAAGUCCUAACUGGUAAAGUGGAAUUUAAGAUGACCAACAGCACCUUAAAAUUCACAAUUUUCAUGUUAAGAGAUGUUUAAAUGAAAUUUUCAACGACAGCGUGUUUGAAUUCAUACAUACACCUAGAAUCCUUUUUGCCAACAUCUUUUACAGACCCGUAGGAAUAUGCUCAAAAGAUUUCUAUUUUAUCUCUUACAAUUCUCUUGAACUUCCCUUAAACACAGAAAAUGCAUGUGCGUAUAUUUGGAGUUAUAUUUUAAUAUUACGAACAUUUAGUGUUUAUCAUUAUUUAACGAAUCUUUCCAUCUGUUAUAGUCAUUGGACAGUGAUAGUUUCAUUAUUCCCAUUGAGAAACCUAUUUAUUCAUUAAAUUUUAAAAGCAUUUAGGAAAAUUACUAUCUUAUGUUUUUAAACUUUAUAUGUUGUACAUAAUUACUUUUUUUAUCUAUCACGUAAAAUAUAUCACAUAAAAAAAA